CCCACCGAGCAAAGUCGAUGCCUUCUUCGGGACUAGCAUAGACAUAACAGCGUGCACAUCGCAUUUGACCACCACCAACUCUAGACCAGUCGGCUUACAACUGCUGACACAGUCGGUAGUUGCGCGAUUCGUGGUAUUUCUAUAGUGGUUGCUAUCGCUCUUGCGUUUUACAACUAUCUUGUAUUCUCGAUAUUUUGCUCGUUUGAUUGCGCGAAGUCUCCAUUUGAUUUCAUUCGAUCGUUCGGUUUUCCUUUAUUGUUUAGUUUGUCUUAAAAGGAAGUUUAUCGGUCCAAGUUAAAAAGAAAUCGAAUACAAGGAUAAAAUAAGAAGAAACCAUCGAUGAUAGUCGAAGUUAGCGAAUCACGAUUGAAACGUAGUAGGAGGAACGACACAUCGGAUGUUCCUCGAGAUGAGAACGCGAGGAGCACACCGAAGGACGAGAGGACAACCGAGGCGAAUACACGAAAUUUAUGAGACUUUCAGAGAGUAAACUGCGAACUGCGGCGAUUUCCGACAAAUUCCUUCAUCGAACACCUGUGUCCCACAUUCGGAUUCCAUGUUGGACGCGUCGUGGCAAUGGUGAACCAUCGAUCACAAGCUUUAUCAUUCUUUCCAUCGUCGACCCUUCGUCGGAAACGGAAUCUUCCCUUUUUACAUUUGACGCGUUCCGAUACAGUCGCGUCUCGAUGCACGAAAUUUCCAAAAAUCGCGAACGAUUAAAAAAGAUCGCGAGUGCAGUGUCUAUGGUGAACUUUAUAAUCUUACGUAAUGGUUUUACGUAGUCAUAGCUCUGGGCAUAACGUACGAACCAACAGAUUUUUAGCCAAACUUCGUUGCGAUUCGACGGAAAGAUUUUGAUUUCCAUAGACUUGCCUCGAUCAGUUAUUCAAUUUUCGAUUGAUUUCGCUUGCGAGAAAACUCGUUUCCAUAGGGAACCUCAAAAUUUGUAUAAUCGCCAACCAGACAAAACUCGAAACAAAACGAAUAACCAUAGAUGACCGAUAUGAAAUUAUGGGUGGUUGGAAAAAACAGCUUGGUCGUCCUUACGAUCUUCACGAUCGCUCUGUACGCUCUGUCUUUCUGCUUCAACUGGAGCAACGACGACCUCUUACGCUUCAGGCAAGUCUUUGGAGAGGAUCUACGAUACGCGAAUACGACGAAGAAAAUCCUAUUUUGGACCAAGAUGUUCAGCAACGAGACAUUUUACAUGGGCACAGGCUACAUCGCCCGCGACUGCCCCGUGAACAAUUGUUACGCGACUAACAACAGAAAUGUGGUGAAGCUGACAGACUUCGACGCAGUUUUAUUUCACGGGAACGAUCUUAAUCUGGAAGAUUUGCCAAAGAACCGGAGUCCACGGCAGUGGUACGUUUUCGUGAAUCUGGAAAGCCCGGCCAACAGGCCGGUGACUAGCUACUUUUACGAGGAUUUCUUUAACAUCACCAUGACAUACAGAUUGGACAGCGAUAUCGUGUGGACCUAUGCAGUCGUUAAGGAUGCUCGUACCAACGUAAACGUAGCGCCUAGCAGAAAUGUGAAUUGGAGCGCCUUUUACGCUGGAUCAGGUGACCGAACGAUCGGCGACGAUGUGGACGCGUCGUUGUCGAAGACGAUUCGAGGCAAGACGAAGCCGAUAAUCUGGUUCGUGAGCAACUGUAUGGCAAAAAGCGGCCGGGAAAAGUACGUGAACGAACUGUCCAAGCACAUACCGGUCGACGUUUAUGGAGAGUGCGGCAACAUGUUUUGUCCCCGUAACGAGGAUUGCUUCGCACGAGUCGCGGAACCUGGCUAUUUUUUUUACCUGUCAUUCGAGAAUUCGUUGUGCGACGAUUACGUAACCGAGAAGCUGUACAAUAGCCUCAGAUACAACGUGGUUCCCAUCGUUUAUGGUGGCGCCAAUUACAGCCGCUAUGCUCCACCACGAUCUUACAUAGACGUGUUCGACUUUGACACGCCAAAGAGUUUGGCCGAAUAUCUAAAGCAGCUAAUCAAAAAUCCGCGAAAGUACAGCGAGUACUUCGCUUGGAAAACGUAUUACAAGAUCGAGGGUGGUAUUCAACAAGGUAUAUGCAAUCUGUGCGAGUAUCUUCAUAAGCAGAAAGAGCCACGAACGCAAAACUUUUUGUCCGAUUGGUUCAGUCGGUCGAAAUGUCACCUUCAGGAACUUUUACAUAAUCACAGUUACCUUACAGGGUCUAUUUUCAAAGACUGAUUUAACGCACAUUUCUUACAUAUCACCGUGCAAAUUUGAGUUAUCGUAAAAUACGUUUAGUUUACGACUGUCGAAUUUAUCUAAGCAUUAAGAUUUUAUCAGGGUUAUAUACAUUAUAUAGAGACUCGCAAAAGCGAUUGUAACGCUUGCCAUGGAGAACUUUAAUGUUCACAGACAUAUAUAUUUUUAUUGGUCUCCUUAUCAACUUCCCAUUUCUAUACACAUAUCACAUCUUAAAUACGAUAUAGAAAAACCAUAUUACAUGUCCCGUAUGAAAUAUUUUCAAUUAUUUCUCUAACGAGACACGACUAUCGUGAUUAUAUCGAAACUAUACUUACGUUUAUUCAAAAUACACAUUUACUAUUAGUAAAGGAUUAGUACACGGCGUGAAUAGUCGUCUAAAACGUGUAGUUAGUGGUAAAGAUGAUCUUUGUAAAUGUGUCUUAGUAAUAUAAUUAGUAAACGUGUCUUACUAAUACAACGAACAAUUUAACAUUUCUACGAUCUUUGAAAAGUGUAUGCGAUUACAAUAACUUAUAAUUUUAUACACAUUCCCGGAUUUGUUGCAAACUUUACCAGCGUAUCAUGAUAGUCGAAGCACGCAACACCGCUAACGAAAUUUUCUAACGUUUCGAGUACUUUCGAAAACUUGUAUAAAUGCGACGAAUUGUUAGAUUUGUAUUAUAAUUAGCGCAGUGUGAACGAUAUCGAAAUAUGUAAAAUAUCGAUGAACGAUUUCUGCCGAUCAGAACGAAAUUCGUAUAAAAGUGGAAUGUCGAUUUUCGAUCGAUUAAAACGAAAUCGAUGAACGAUAGACAAGACACGGAUCCGGUUCUGUGUUAGAUACGCGUUAGUCGCGUAAAUGAAUCUGAACCAAUCUAUUUCAAACGCAGUUAUCUAUCUGCGUCAUUCAGCAUUGUUCGUAAUUUAGCAUAAUUAGAAUGUUUCAUUCAUUAUUUAAAGAAUCAACGCGAAGCUCGAAUCUACCGUUAUAUUACUUGCCAUAAAUAUUCGCCGAUCGAAUCGGUAUACAAGUGCUCGGAAGAUCGAUGAUUUUCAUAAUUUAUUUCGCCGCACUGGUCUACCUUCGAUUCCGAAUUCACUGAAGUGGCGAUUGAACGAUUAAACGUUUUGCCGUUUUAAAACGAAGAGUUUAUUAUUUUUCAAACAUUCGUUAACCUGCGAAAUCGACAGCGAGAAAAAUUGUAAUUAAUUAAUUUGAAAUUUAUAACCAUCUAUGAGCAUUCUCAGGCUGGAAACGAUGUAUUUUCAAGCGAUUUGUAAAAACGAUGUACCGUUCGAUUCGCAAAGUUCGUUUAGAAUCACUUAUCAGACGACGGACUAUUUUUAGCAAACCAUUCAUACAACACCUAUAAGAUAAAGCCUGUUCUUAACGAACAAUAAAACCGUUCGUAUUACGUCAGGAAAAAUCGACAAUGUCAUUUUAAAAUUCAAUGCACCAGUUUCGCUUCAUCGUUUUUACAACGAGCAAGAUUCGAUCAAUUUUCUCUUACGCAACAUUUGUCCGACAUUAUUUAACAUUUAACGUUCGAAGAAUUCUACGACGUGAGGCGAUUCAAAAGAAUAUCUAUAUUAAUUAUACCUGUCGUAUUAUUAACAUUUAUUAAAAAUACUAUAAAAAUACUAUUAUUUGUAUUAUUUUUCUUGAGGUUAUUAGAUGUACGAACAGAGGAACGAGUGGAUAAAUUGUAAGGUAGAAAAUAUAUUUUAAUAUAGAAGUGUAAAUACAAGUAGGAAUAUAAUUUAAGCUGGUCUAGAUCCAUACGCUAGCAGUGUUAACCUAUGACUGAAAGCCCUGAAGCCAUCGUCUACUGUUUAUGGUCUGCCUUCGUCCCAGUCUUUUGUCUAUACGAUGUCGAUGGCUUCGGUGCUGGAGAAAACUAAAAAGACCAGACGUAGAGUUUUCUUAGAAGCGGUGACCACUUCAACAAUUUUUAUACAAUAUUCUAUUCUCUAAUUUAUUCAGAUUAUCGCGUACGCGUGACACGUUCAAAGCAACUAUCCGACUGAGUUUGCCAUUUCUAGGUCAUGAGUCGAAUAAGGCCCAGUUAUCCGCCCACGGAGCGUAAGCGUAGUUUAUGUAUAAGUCGAGGAUAAGUUUACGACAGUGUUCGCGCUACAAAGCGUACAAGCAUCGUCUCGUCGUUAAAAUGUCGAGCGACGAGGAAAACGCGUUCAUCUUAUAUCGCUACAUUCGUCCGUAACUAGCAACGUACGCCUCGCUACUGACAAUGUUAACGCCAGUCGUCACGACGAAAACGGCUCGCUACUGUUUCGUGGACGGUUGCAUAUUACUGUGAGCAUUUGUGCAUCUGUAGCAUUACUCUAUUUAUCGUUCAACGCGUCUAAUACGCGUCUGUAAAAAGCUUCGUGGACAGAGGACCUACCUGUACAUUACUUUGUGUAUGUUGUUACCUGUUUGUACGGAAACAAAGGACUGGUCAUCGAGAAAUGAAAUACUUUUGUAGAUUCGUUCGUACGGUCCACGACGACCGAUGGACCUCGCAAAAGCAUUCUCGCGUCCAUUAUCAAGAAUACGAGACAAUGGGUCGUUCGGGCGAAGAGAAACGCGGAUAAGACUUCUCCGUUUUGUCGUAUCCUGUCUGUACGUUUUAAUUGAAGCUCGCGCUAUUUCCUGGAAAGUUUCAGUCGCCAAAGUCGCCAAUGUCGCGUGUCUUCGCUACACUGCCUCGUAAACAACGUCUGUCUUCGAGAUUCUCGGUACUGGUAACGGUAUUCUUUCACAAUUUCUUCGACGACGGUCUUGCAGAAAUUUCAGACCGUUGGGUUGGUCGGUCUGAAAAGAUUCGUAAGACGACGUUCGAAUCGCUGAACGAAGAAGUUCGCGCGAAUGGAUGCGAAACGCUUUGACGAAACGAUUUGAAUCGCGUCGUCGAAAUUGUCGUUAGCUCGAUUCAUGGAUUCUUUGUAAACAAGUACGGUCCGUUGAUUAAUUAUGAGCUGGCUGAAGAUUCGUUUUGAAUAUACUGUUGAAAGUACCAUUGAAGUUGCAACGUUCUUCACGGUAUCCUUCGGAAAAAUUGUUCGUAAAGCUGCAGUUUGAAAAGCAGAAACAUUCAAUCCUCUCUAUGUUCUUCUAUCGCGUUAAUUUCGGCCUGAUAAUUUAUUUCCUAAUAACAUUAAUUACUUUGUUUGAAAUUCUACGCGAACACGAAGCAGCUUGCUAGAAUUUUAUAUCAUAACGCUUGUCGGCUAUUCAAGUGGAAAUUUCUGCCAGCGAUGCAUAAAUUUAAUCGAGUAUUCGUAUAAUUUACAUAUCAUUGACCGACUAUUGUAAGAAAAUAAAGGAGACUCUGAUGUUACGUAUGUCUUUCUUGUAACGUCAAAGGUGAUUCUACUUUUGUAAGGAAAAUAGCAGAACGAAGAAUAUAUUAUCGACGAACAACGUGUUAGACGAUGAAUAUCCCGAACGAUAUUUUUCACGAUCGUGAUAGAAAAUACACGAGCUUGAUAGACUUGGAUGCCACGUUCUCUCACGGAAUGGAACUCGAUGCUUGGGACCAGUGAACGCGAAGAAGCGCAUGCCUGUGGUACGUUUUUGUGGAACUGGAAAACUCGUACAAUAGACCAUUGGUUAACCACUUUUACGAAAGCUAUUUCAACGUCACUGUGACGUACAACUUUUUAUUGUGACAUCGCGUGGUUUUGUAGUGCCGUUAGGGACAAAAAUGGCCAACGAAAUUGUCGUCUCUUCUUUUCGUUUCACCCGUUCAAGUUCUUUUAUCAAUCAUCCCAGUAAUGAUUUAAUGUUCCGUGUAUUUUCUUCCUGUUACCUUAUAUCAUUUCAAUGGACAGAUAUGUCAUUAGCGUAGACCUCGCGUUAAACGAUUACAGAGAUUCAGGAUUGUGAAAUACACGUUAGUCAGCGUUGAUGAGCUCAUCGAUUAUUCGAAAACAUUCCAUUCUUUCGAAAUCUAAAAAUUCUUCCUGCGUUCUAUAGUAUGUCUGUUAAAUAUAUAUCGUUUAUGCCAUUGAAA